AUGCAAUUAGGAUUUUCAGAAUCUCUCCCCACGCUUGUCGCAAGACGCUUUACAGCUGCUAAAGAUACUGGCCAUCUCGUGUUCUCCUCAACCCAUCUGUCCAUCAUCAAUGCUGCAGGGAUAUCAUACCAACUUCGCUACUGCCCUGCCCUCGCAAAGAAGCCCUCCAAUUUGAAACCCGACAAUGGCCCCAAAACACCAAAGCCCGAUCCCUUCGAGCAUCCAUCUCCAGAUCUUCUGAUCGCCCAGUUCCCGCCCGAGAACCCCACCUACAACCUCAUCCUCAACAAAUUCCCCGUCAUCCCAAACCACUUCCUCCUGGUGACAAAGGACUGGCAAGCGCAGACUGAUAUUCUCGACAAGCCUGAUCUCGAAGCUACAUACGAGUGUCUAAAAGCCUGGAACACCGACGACGAUGGUUCUCGAUCCACAAACGGCUCGUCUUCAAAGAGCCUCUUCGCCUUCUUCAACUCCGGCGACGACAGCGGCGCAAGCCAACCACACCGCCAUCUCCAAUUCCUCCCCGUGGACUCAAUGCGUCAGCCAGGUUUGGAGUCCUGGCAUCCGCUGAUCGACCUCCUCACCUCCCAACCAACCUCCCCCUCUCCAACACCGAAGUUCCAGCAUCUGCCAGGUCUCCCCUUGGCCCACUUCGCCCUCCCAAUCCCUCCAAACCCCUCUGCCGAAACCCUGCACGCAAUCUACAUAACCUUGUACAAGGCCGCGGCCGCAGCGACGCGCGGACGAACACCGAGCCAGGACACCGAGUCUCUUCCCACACAGGGACCAGCGUCUAUAAGCUACAACCUAGCUAUGACCCGCUCGACGAUGAUGAUCUGCCCGCGCAAACAGGAGACGGCUCUUGUUCCCGUUAAUAGCGCGACGACGCGCGAUAUCGUUGAUCCCGGCGUGCUCUCGCUGAAUGGUACUAUCCUUGCUGCGACAUUGAUGGUUAAGGCCGAGGGUGAGUGGGAUGCUCUGCGUGAGAAUCCGGAGUAUUUGACGCAGGUCCUUGCUACGAUUGGAUAUCCUCGUACGGAUUCUCGUGGGCCUUCGCUGUGA